UCUAUCCUUGAUAAUAUGAAUCCAUCUAUGGGGGAAUUAGUCGAUCCAACCUUCAUCCAAGAGCUUGAACAUAGACCUAAACUCACCAUAAUCGAAGCCCAAGGCAUCCCACAAAUCGAUCUCUCGCCUUUGAUAAACUCGUCCCCACUUGACUAUGCUUCUGCCUCGAUGCAAAGUUUGGUGAGUGAGGUCCGGGAAGCAUGCAAAAACUGGGGAUUCUUUCAAGUGUUUAACCACGGGGUUCCCUUGGAGAGCCGUGAAAAGAUAAUGUUGGCUUCAAAAAGGUUUUUUGAUCAGCCGUUGGAAGAGAAGAGGAAGGUGAGAAGAGAUGAAGCGAAUCCUCAAGGUUAUUAUGAUACCGAACAUACGAAAAAUGUUAGGGACUGGAAAGAAGUGUUUGAUAUAACGGUCGACAAUCCUACCAAGAUGUUUGCUUCUCAUGAAGCUGAUGAUCAAACAAUUACGGAAUAUAUUAAUAGAUGGCCUGAACAUCCUCCAGAAUUAAGGGAGGCAUGUGAAGCAUACGUUAAAGAUGUUCAACAACUAUCAUACAAGUUGUUGGAACUUAUCUCCUUGAGCUUAAAUCUUCCUGCAAAACGGUUUGAACCUUUUUUCUCCAAGGACCAAACUAGUUUCAUUCGACUUAACCACUAUCCACCUUGCCCAGUUCCUGACCUGGCCCUUGGUGUUGGCCGGCACAAGGAUGCCAUUGCUUUGACUAUCUUAGCUCAAGACGAUGUAGGAGGUCUAGAAGUUAAGCGAAAAACCGAUGGAGAAUGGAUCUUUGUCAAGCCUACAAAUAACACUUUCAUUAUUAAUGUUGGGGACGUAAUUCAGGUUUGGAGCAAUGAUAGUUACGAGAGUGUGGAGCAUAGGGUGAUGGUGAAUUCGUCAAAAGAAAGGUUCUCGAUACCAUUUUUCUUAAGCCCUUCAUACUACACUGUGGUGGAACCACUAAAAGAGUUGAUAGAUGAGCAAAAUUCUGCAAAAUACAAGGGCUACAACUGGGGAAAAUUUUUUGCUACUCGCAAACGCAGUAAUUUUCAGAAACUUAAAGUUGAAAACAUACAAAUCUAUCAUUUCAAAAUACCAAACGAGCCAAAAUUUGAUGACUUUGUUUCUAGCAUCGAAAAUGUCGUUCUCAAUGAAUAAGAAAAGAUCGAGAUGAAUAUUGUGUCAAAUUUCAUGUAAAGGGAAAAACGUACAAUUAUAAAGCCGAACUUGGUAUCGUUUGGUAUCCAUUAUUGAUGUGAGAUGUAUUAUUUGUCUCGUACGAAUAAUAUGGUGUUUGCUUGUUUGUUUGUAAAAUACUCUGUUUGAUAAUAUAGAUAAAGCAAAAUGUAUUUGCUUUCCAAGCUA